AUUCACAUUACAUCCUUCUCUCAUCGCAGUUGGUUCGUCGCAUAAUAAGACUCGCAUGCUUCCCUUUGUCUAUAUACAAUCUCAACUCGGCGCAAACUUGUUAACACCCCCCCUCUCGGUGAUAAAAUACGCGCCACUAUUUAGCUAUAUUUCUCCUCCCGAAGACUUGAACAAGCUAACUUUCUACUUGGACGGGAUCAGACUCAGAGUAAAAUAUGGCGUCUAUCAAUUCUUUACCCGACGAAAUCGUCCACCACAUUUUACUUUACGUACCUCCGGAAGAGACUUUAUCUAAGAUCGCACAUUUAUCAAAGCGUUUCAACCGAGUCGCGCAUGAACCUCUCCUAUGGAGAUGCUAUUGCGAGCAUAAUUUCAAAUACUGGGAAGCCAGUCAUCACUUCAAAGAGAGGUUGAAAGGCUACUUACACGGUACCGACUGGCGCCGACUAUUCCUGCUGAGACUUGGACGUAAUGCCUAUAUCGCACGCCUCCUUGAUGGUAUUGUCGCGUCUCGCGUCUCCCGACUGCAGAGAAUGGAACAGAUCUGUCUAUACGGUUACGAUGCGAAAGAUUACCUUUUAAGUCAGUGCCAGACUCCCGAUUCGGCUGAAGAUGCUUUGGCGCGAAGAUAUUACUCGUGCUCCAUUCUGGAUAGCAUACAUCGAAGCCUUGCGAUAGAAGAAUGGGCCAAGUAUCAAAAGUUUGCGGCACGUCGCAUUGACGAAGAUACUCCAUAUAGCGAAAGAUUAAACUGCGGCAUGCGCCUCGAGCGCGCCCUUGGCGCCUUUGAUAUGUUCAUGCUUCACGAUAAUGAGGGUGAUUUAGAAGAGAUUACCGAAUUGCUGGAUGAUAUUGCAGACCGGUUCCGAAGUGCUCAUCCUUACUUCGACGAGUUGACCACCCGUCAAAAGGCCAUCGCUUUGACUCGAUGGUUGCGCUCGAACAAUAUGACGGGCUUGAACGAUCCUACAGAGCAAACGUAUCGUUAUCUCCGUAACUGCUUAAUCGGCAGGGCUCUUCGAGAUGAGCACCACCCAUCAUUGCCAAUCAUCUCUGCCGCCAUUUACUCCGCUUUAGCAUCACGACUCGGAUUAGAGGCGUAUCCUUGUGCUUUGCCUAGUCACGUCCAUGCCACAGUUUUGUCACGACCGGGCAUGACGCUAGAUGAUCAACCCCUCGUCGAAGAACUGUCCCAAUCUCAAGAGAACAUGUUCCUAGAUCCUUAUACUGUAGAAGACGAAGUCCCUCUGGAUCGAAUAAUCGACUUCCUAUACAGGCUCGGCAUCCAUACGGGCCAUAAUAAUUUGCUAAACCCUACGCCCACGGACCUCAUCGUGAUGCGCACGGCGCAAAACAUACGAGCGUCAUUCACUAGUUUUCGAACUCACGACAGACCUUUCGCCCAGAUCAUCCCCAUGAUUGAACUUAACCGCGGCGACUGGGCCCGUAAUCUGCAGCCCGCCUUGUACAGCAUGAUCUGGGCGAGCAUCAUGAUGGUCCCCGUGCUGCCGGAGAGCGACGAGAUCCGUUGGGACUGGCAACAAGACGUGCGCGACCUGCUCUCGGCCUUCUACGAGCAUUUCCCCGAGGACGCGUGGCUCGUGGAGAAGUACGUGUGUCCCAUGUACGACACCUUCGCGGCUCCGUCGCGUCGCCGGAACAACUGGGAGCUUCCCUCCAAGAGCGUCCGGGAUCAGAUCAAGAGUAUGAGACGGGUGGAUGCAGCAGUGAUGCCCGCCCGCCGGCGCAGCGAACUCGCCAAGGGUGUGAAGAUCAAGUAUCGCGUCGGCCAAGUGUUCAAGCAUAAGCGCUACGAGUAUCACGGCCUGAUCCUAGGCUGGACCCUUGAGGGUUCUUCUCUCGACGACCCCUUGUCCCCAACACAGAGGCCAUGGUGUUAUUACACCCAGCCGUAUUACCGGUGCAUGUCCGGCACCGACGGGUUAGACCAGCACCUCAUCGCAGAAGACAACAUUGAAAUAGUCGAUUUCCGUGGUGGCCCGGAGACGCUGCCGCCGGAGAUCAAAGAUCUGAUGCCCAUGGCAGGCAAAUUCUUCAAGCGCUGGGAUGGCGAGCGGGGCGUCUUCGUCAGCAACAUGAAGGAGAUGUACCCUGAAGACUAACGGAUGACUUACUAUUACUUACUUACGUUUUCGAUCAGCAGCUGCUGACUUCGUAUAUUCCUAAUCCUGGCUAUUGCCUAUUCCCCACAGUAUUGGGGCACGGCAUCUCCAGACACUCUCUCUUAUAUAUACCCACCUUGUUACGACUUAACUCUAAUAAUGCUUAAGCCCUCAACGAUACGAUACGGCUUCGAAAGAUACUCCCAUUUUGCGUUCGAAUUACUACUCUCACCUCAACACUAAUAUGUACCGAUACAUUGGAAGGAUAACUGGUCUGCUUGGCUUGGCUUGGCUUGCCGUAAGCGUGCAGGCGUUUUGCGGGGAUGAUAGUAUAAGUUGAUGAUAAUAUGGUGUGCGAUAGGAUAUUGAUUAUACGAAUGAAUUAGUGAGCAUUUACUACUUUACAUAUGGUGGUGUAUUUUCUACUGGGGAGUGGCAUACAUACAAUGUGAGUGUACCUACAUACAUAAGGUACCUAAGCUUUGAUAAUUCCGAGUUUGUCGGCGCCGAACUAUCGGGCUCGGCCGUCGACUUUGAGGCUAUUGGGGCAUGGGUGUUUGGAGUGUUGUCCAACCUACCUAGGGAGCUGAUCCUACCAGCUAGUCGUAUUCCUAUGUACCGCUUUGACCUAGCUGUCAUGUGCCGAGGUAGUUAUAGUAUGAUGUCUAACCUUGACUGACUGACCGCAUACACAGAUGAAGCCUAAGAACAGAGUCUAUUAGAGUCUAUUAACUACC